CCAUUCAUGGAGAAUGGCUCAGAGGUGAAGGAGUUCAUCCUUGUGGGAUUGACAGAUGCUCCUGAACUUCAGGUCCCCCUCUUCAUAAUAUUUACUGUCAUCUACCUCAUCACCCUAGUAGGGAAUCUGGGCAUGAUAGUCCUGAUAUUAUGGGACUCCCGUCUCCACACACCCAUGUACCUUUUCCUCAGUAACCUCUCUCUGUCAGAUCUGGGCUACUCUUCUGCCAUUACUCCCAAAGUGAUGGCUGGAUUCUUCCCAGGAGACAAAACCAUCUCCUAUAAUGGAUGUGCUGCACAAAUGUUCUUCUUUCUGUAUUUUGCUGUUAUUGAAAGUUAUCUCCUGGCUGCUAUGGCCUAUGAUCGCCAGGUAGCUGUAUGUAAGCCUCUUCAUUAUGCCACCACUAUGACACCCAAUGUAUGUGCCCGUCUGGUUAUUGGAUCCUAUAUCUGUGGUUUUCUUUUUUCUUCCCUUUACACAGGAAACACCUUUAGUCUCUAUUUUUGUAAUUCCAAUGUGAUUCGUCACUUUUUCUGUGAUAUUCCACCCCUCUUUGCUAUCUCCUGCUCUCUCACAUACAUCCAUGAAUUGAUUGUCUUUUUUGCUGUUACUUUCAAUACAUCUUUUGCCCUUUUUUUCAUUGUGAAAUCCUAUUUUUCCAUUUUCAUGGCCAUUUUGAGGAUGCGUUCAGCUGAGGGCCGCCAGAAAGCGUUCUCUACGUGUGCUUCCCAUCUCACAGCUGUAUCCCUAUUUUAUGGAACAGUACUUUUCAUGUACUUACAACCUAGCUCUAGCCAUUCCAUGGACACAGACAAAGUGGCGUCAGUGUUCUACACCAUGGUCAUCCCCAUGUUGAAUCCUCUGGUCUAUAGUCUGAGGAAUAAGGAAGUCAGCAGUGCUUUUAGAAAAAUCAUGGGGAGACAAAGCCUUCGCUAG